ACCAAAUCAGACGCUCUUGGAUAGAUCACGUCCGUACAAGUUUUGCGCUAAAUUCCAGCAGAUUCAAGUAAAAUCUCGUGGUGAAAAGCAAACACAAAAGUCAUCGAGAGUGCAGUACCUUUUCGCAUUGUUCGCUUCCGUGUAAAACCGGCGGGCUUUUCACUGUUGAAUUGGUAUCGAGGAAAGCCUAUUGCCUUCGGGGGUACGACCGCUAGUUCGUGGAAAACCAAGCAAGCGUGCGGCAUUGUGGCGCAAAUUUGAUUCGCGAAGCUUGGUGCGGUGACGAAGACACGACACGACACAGAGGUGCCGUGUAUAUAGCCAUUGUUUGUGUGUGUGUGUGCGUGUGUGUGGCGUUAGCUUAUACCGCUCUUGACUGCGUGCCCGAUACCUCGACUGUUUCGAAGCGGUUGGUUAGCAGAAAAUCAAGGCAUUCUCCGUUUUGUGCGGCGCACGAGUUACAGCAACGAAGGUUUAGCUGCAGAAGACGUGGGAAGGACAGAGAAUAGUCGAAGGGUGAAAAUGUCGGAAUCAAACGCGGACCCAGCAGCGUUGGUUGACAACGACAAGCCGGUUGAGGAUGUUGAGAAGCAGCAGACCACAGACGUGGGUACGCCGAAAAAAGGCACACCAAAACGAAAAGCAGUGGACGCAUUUAAAAAGGAAAGUGAAGAACUUCUGAAAACGCUAGGCGUUUCGAUGGACAUGGAAGACGGGCGACGACGAACCCGUUCCAGCGCACGUGGCACUACACCGACUACCACACCUGCUACCCCACCGACAAAGCGAGCACGAGGAGCUGCCACUCCGAAGCCGGCAGAAGAUUCUAAAUCUCCGACCGCCGCAACCACGCCAAAAAAACGUGGUGGUUUGCAAGGCAAACGAUUGUUGGUACUAAUGGACCCCACUUUGCCGAAAGAAUAUUCUGAGGCAGCAUCUGCCGUUGGGAAGGAAGACGACGCUGGGAAGGAAGACGACGCUGGAAAGGAAGACGACGAUGAGAAAACUACGCAAUCCGAUGCCACAGACUCUAAGGAGACGACGGACGAUAAGAAUGAGAAGGUAAAAGAAAACGACCUUAAGGAGGAAGACACUGCCAAAGAGGAGGAGGUACUGUCUGACAAGAAAGAGGACGUUAAGGUUACUGAAGAUGAUGCGGAUAUGGCUAGUGCAACUGAACCGACAGAAGAUGCUAUUUCGAAGGAAGAAGAACCAGACAAAGAGCAAGUGAACGAUUGUGUUCCCGCAAAAGUAGAGGAAGAGACAACAACAGAUAUAGCACCAAAUAAGGAAUCUUCGGAAGAGAAGAAAACCGAAGAACCAAUGGAAACUGACGAAGUGCAGGAUGAAAAAAAUGAAGAAGUUCGUUUGGAAAAUCAAACUGUUGAAAAGAAAUCGGACGAUACUAAAAAGGAGGAAGUAGUAGUUGAUGCCGUUUGUGAAAGCAAUGGAAGCAAUACGAACACCACACCGGAAAAGUCUGCAGAACCGGAAGUAGUUCAGGCGAAUGCAGGGGAGAAGAAAUAUCUGGAAAACGACAAGCAACCAGAUACUACAGCUCCUGUUAAAGAAGAUUCAACCGUUGUAGAGCCAGCUGCGGCUGCUGAGGAAACAAAAGUGGAUGAAAAUAACAGCACUGCUGCUCAGAAGGACAAAGAUAUCGCACCGGUGAAUAAUGUAACGGAUGCUAAGGUUGUGGAAAAAGUCGUCUCACCUAUUGAAGUUGAAACAAAGAUUGUGGCAAGUGAAGUAACGACCACUAUAGAGCCAUCGCCAACACCCGAAUAAUCCGAAUUCAAGUAGAUGUUUUUAUUUGGAGUGGUAGAUAGCGUAUCGUUAACCGUUUGUUUUUACAUUGAACUGCUACUGCAAGUAAUGUUUUGCACAGGGCACCCAUACGGUCAGGAUGGGUCAGGAUGAUGUGUGAUGUGAGCACAGGGACAGGAAAUGAUGUUAUCUGGUUGGUAGAAUUAGGCAACAAGGGUAGCUUAUCAUCCCGGAUAUAGUAGCAGUUCAAAUUUGAAGGAUUUCUCAUUGUUUUCACAAUUAAUUUCAUAUUUCUUUACCUAGCGCACGCAUCGGGUUUGCGUGUGCCUUAUUCUAGAGUUACUAUCGUAUUCCUUUUGUUGAAAUAUAAUUAAAAAAAAAACAAUUGACCGAUAAUAACUAGAGUUUCCCAUGGGGGAGGCAAGUAGCAAGCAUUUCAUCUGAACAUUGGGAUUGCGUUGUGUGCGAGUUUACGGCAAGGUAUUGUCCAGUUCAGGAUAAGACGAUGUGUGCAAACAAAAUGAAACUAUCACUGUUAGGUAUUGCCAUCGUAGGUUAGUGUUAAGGUUCAUUGAACUUUUCUCCCCCCAAAAAAUUCGACCAUAAUGAUGAAGCGCACCGGAAGUUGUCCAUGAAGUUGGAACAAUACACAAAAGCUCUACAGGGUAGUAGAAGUACUAUAAUAGAUAUAGCAGUUGUUAGCUGAAAGGUUGAAAUGAAGGUCGAGCGUUUGGUAAUUUUGAAAACAUGAUACUACAACAAGCAAUGAAGUAGGUGAACCAAUAGGGAUAACUUGUGUGGUAGUAGGACAUUUCAAGAUGGUUAUCCUGUUACUAUUUUGACAUUUUCAUAUUUGCCAAGUUACAUUUGCUCCUUUUAUGUUUUAGUAACGACUGUACACCGUACAAUUUUUACCACCGUGUAAAGGGUGAAAGGAACUUUAUUACAACAAAGGAAUAUGUCAAAUACGACCAACAAAAGGACGAGCAGUAGGGAACACUGCUCUUAAUUGAGGAAGUCUUCGGAAAAUGUACAUUUCAGCCUGUAGAAGAUGAUUUUCAAGAGUUAAUAAUAUUUACAUGUCGAAUUAACAGAAGAAAAAAAACUUUUAACCCUAUAAGCAGGAAUUCUCCCGCGAGGAACCCCACUUAUAUACACAACUGUUCCCUUAGAGCAAACAAACAAACCGGAUAACUACAUAUAUGGUUAUGUAAAAAAUAACUCGUCGCGCACACUCGACGAAGCAAAGGUACAAAGCGUAGGCGAUUUUUUAAACAUCAAAUUUAUACACAAUCAAUCGAUAAUAUUUAGAUCGAAGCGGCGGUACAAUGCGCGUAUAUACGUAUUGAGCGACAACAAUCUCAGCGAAACGAAGAGAUAAAGAGAGGUACGCAGCGUCCAGAAGGCAGAGAGUUUAGCCGAUCUUUUUUCUAUUAAAAUGUUUGUCGUA